AUGUUAUCUCAAUCAAACUGCCGCCUGUCCGAAAAGACAACCCUCAUAACUGGCGGUGCCUCGGGGAUUGGUUUGGCAGUAGCCCAGGUCUUUCUGAGCGAAGGAGCGAAGGUGUUCAUUAUCGACUAUUCUGCUGCAAAUAUCGAGUCAGCCCGAACGCUAUUGCAGUCCCGAGGCUAUAAUCCCACCAACUAUAUCUUUCACCUUGCUGAUGCGGCGGAUGAGGAGUCAGUAAUUUCUUUUGUGGACAAUUGUGUUUGUGACUUUGGCGGGUUGGAUAUCGCAAUCUUCAACGCCGGCAUUGGGGGCAAGCAGAAACCACUGUCUCAGUCAUCUGCCGAAGAGUAUGAUGACAUUAUGAGAAUCAAUGCUCGUGGCCGAGUCAAGUAUUGCGCCGCGAAGAUGCAAAGUCUUGGUACUCCAGGUAGUAUCAUCAUUACCGCCAGUGUGGCUAGCCUAAUGGCACCCCCAGGCCUCUGUGCAUACAACAUGUCCAAGUUUGCGGCUCGCGCUCUCACGGUGACUGCUAGCUUGGAGUAUGCAAAGGAUAAUAUCCGGGUUAAUGCAGUGUCGCCAGGGCUACAAGACGUGCAAGCUCAAGUCCGCGAGAUUCCACUAAGAAGAAUAGCAGAUCCGGCAGAGGUAGCAAAAGUAUUUUUAUUUCCGGCCAGUGAUGACGCAUCAUUUGUGACUGGUAGCAAUUACCGGAUUGAUGGUGGCGUGGUGAACCAUUAA